CGUCAGCUCUCCUAGCCUGGAGCCCCGCAACAGACCAGCCGCCGCGCCCCACCAAUCACCGCCGACCUCGUCUUCACGCCCUUCACCAAUCAGCGCCGGCGCCGCAAGGAAGUUUCCAGAGCUUUCGAGGAAGGUUCCCUCAACUCGAAUUCAUCCGCCUGAUAACUUUCCUACUUUUUCCUGAAGGAGGAGAAGGAUAGCCUGGAAUAGGGGGCAGAUGAAUUUUUAAGAUCCUUUCUUCCGGCUCUGAGGAAUUUGGGGCCUGGUGGAAAGGUCUAACUCAUCGAGAGAGGUGGGGGCCGGCCGAACUACUUUCAGCGGCGCAAGGACCUGGCGGCUACGUAGAAGUGAUGAGUUACGCAAUAGACGUUGCAUAAAUUUCAGUUCUGCGGAGCCGGAACUUUCAGAAGCGACUGGCAUUGUUAGAGUGUGGUGUCGUUCCUUUGAAGCGAUUUGACGUGAUUGGCGUGUUCUCAAUCGCUAGCAGGUCAAAAUGCAGAUCUUCGUGAAGACCCUGACUGGCAAGACCAUCACCCUGGAGGUGGAACCCAGUGACACCAUUGAGAAUGUGAAGGCCAAGAUCCAGGAUAAAGAAGGCAUCCCCCCUGAUCAGCAGAGGCUCAUCUUUGCAGGCAAGCAGCUGGAAGAUGGCCGCACUCUUUCUGACUACAACAUCCAGAAAGAGUCCACCCUGCACCUGGUCCUGCGCCUGAGAGGUGGUAUGCAGAUCUUCGUGAAGACCCUGACUGGCAAGACCAUCACCCUGGAGGUGGAGCCCAGUGACACCAUUGAGAAUGUGAAGGCCAAGAUCCAGGAUAAAGAAGGCAUCCCCCCUGAUCAGCAGAGGCUCAUCUUUGCAGGCAAGCAGCUGGAAGAUGGCCGCACUCUUUCUGACUACAACAUCCAGAAAGAGUCCACCCUGCACCUGGUCCUGCGCCUGAGAGGUGGUAUGCAGAUCUUCGUGAAGACCCUGACUGGCAAGACCAUCACCCUGGAGGUGGAGCCCAGUGACACCAUUGAGAAUGUGAAGGCCAAGAUCCAGGAUAAAGAAGGCAUCCCCCCUGACCAGCAGAGGCUCAUCUUUGCAGGCAAGCAGCUGGAAGAUGGCCGCACUCUUUCUGACUACAACAUCCAGAAAGAGUCCACCCUGCACCUGGUCCUGCGCCUGAGAGGUGGUAUGCAGAUCUUCGUGAAGACCCUGACUGGCAAGACCAUCACCCUGGAGGUGGAGCCCAGUGACACCAUUGAGAAUGUGAAGGCCAAGAUCCAGGAUAAAGAAGGCAUCCCUCCUGACCAGCAGAGGCUCAUCUUUGCAGGCAAGCAGCUGGAAGAUGGCCGCACUCUUUCUGACUACAACAUCCAGAAAGAGUCCACCCUGCACCUGGUCCUCCGUCUAAGGGGUGGCUGUUAAUUCUUCAGUUUUGGCAUUCAUAGUGCCCAGUGAUGGCCACUACUCUGCAUUCUAGCCAUUUUUCCCAGUUUAAGUUUAGAAUUACCAGUUUCAGUAAUAACUGAACCUGUUCAAAGUGUUAAUAAAGGUUUCAUUGCAUGGUA